AUGCCGGGUCCUCAGGUUGAGGCCCUGAUAAACCUAAUUUCUCCUGUGAAAAGAGAGUUCAGCAACAAUCUGAACCCUCUUCGGGUGAUGAGCUCAAUUGUUCCGAGGAUGGUGAGUGCCGCCAACCCGAACAAUGGGUUCAUCGAAACUACUCUUAGGUCCUAUUCUAGGGACCCUAACAGUAUGACCCUGGAGACCUGGAGGGUUUCAAGGGCAAUCUUCCGAUGUAAAACCAGAGUUACUGAAAAGAACUCUGUGCCAUUCCCCACCACUUUGUGGUCUGGGGAAAUGAUCUCGAAAAAUUCGAGAACUGGCUGGUGGAGCUCACUUCCUGCCUAUGAGAAUGUUCCCACACUCAUAGACUCUGGGUCUUCAGACUGCUUCAUCAACGACACAUUCAUGAAGAAGUUGGCCCUGAAGACAUAUCAGAUUAAACCUCUAGAACUACACCUUUUCGAUGGUAGCACUAACUCAAUCAUAACCCACGCCAUUGAUAUUCCCUCCGCUUCGCUUCCAGAAACAUCACCCCCAUGA